AUGCGCGAAGGGGGUGGACGGACGCCCAGCAACUUCGAUUUCUCCAAGAUCAUCAAGAACGUCACCAAGAUAGUCAAAGAAAAGACAGAAGAUAUGUACACAUCCAUCAUUCCCGCCCCUCUUCCUCGAUUCAGUCAUUUCCUCGAUUCA